UGGCAAGGCAUGCACAUUGUCCAUAGUUCAAAUCCAUCUUCUUUAAAAGUGCAAUAGCACUUAGCAGUGUUAGGUACUGUCCAGUUCAUCUGUGCUAACCUGAACCAACCAUGACAUUCUCUGAGGCUGAGAAGGCUGCCAUCAUCUCCAUCUGGGGUAAGGUGGCUGGCCACGUUGAAGAGAUUGGAGGAGAGGCUCUAGAGAGGCUGUUCCUCAGCUUCCCUCAGACCAAGACCUACUUCAGCCAUUUUGAUCUGAGCCAUGGCUCCAAGGAUAUCAACAGGCAUGGUGGAAACGUUCUCAAUGCCAUCGGCAAUGCUGCCAAUCACCUAGAUGACCUUGACAAUGCUCUGUCUGCCCUGAGUGACCUCCAUGCUCACAAUUUGAGGGUUGACCCUGGUAACUUCAGACUGCUGUCUCACUCCAUCCAGGUGACUCUGGCUGCCCACUUCCCCAAGGAAUUUAAUGCUUCCGCUCAAGCUGCCUUUGACAAGUUCCUCUCUGCUGUGUCCUCUGUCCUGGUGUCCAAGUAUAGAUAA